CCUCGCGUUAUGGAGAUGAGGGACUCCUGGAGCUGUUCAUUAUCGCAUCCUUUGUCCUGAUAUAGAUUUCCUUCUUGUUCUUUUUCCUUUGUCGCUCUGCGAGCGUCUGCUACUUUGCUUUAUAUCGGCCCCUUCGAUUUUUCCUUCACUGCGAUUUGAGUGGUUGCAUCUCCAGCGAUACUGAGAAAUCAUCUCACUGCCUUUCAAGUGUACCAAGCGACAUCACGAAGCAACGAAAAGACAACGGAUAGAACCAACACCCCACAAGCAAGGACAAGCUAUUCUCAACCAUCAACAUGGGACUUCAAAGUGCCAUCAAAGCCGGCCAGACCGCCGUCGAACUCGGCCGCACCGCUCAAGGCUUUGCCGGCGCCGCCUCCGAGCUGCGGUCCGCCGACAAGGAUGAGCUGGGCCGCAAGGCCGGUCGCCAUGCCUUCAACGAGGGCGCCGAGACGGGCAAAACAAUGGGCAAGACAUGGCUUAAGACGUUCGAGGUAAUCCCCCGCAUGAUCGCCCGCGGACUGCAGUUUCUCUUUGCCAUCAUCGCCUGCGGCUUCUACGGAAACAGGGUCGACGCCGAUCGGAAAGACGACGAUGGCUUCUCGCCCGAGUGGCUCCUGGCCAUCAUUGUCGCGGGCCUGUCAGCCAUCACGGCGGUCCUCUUCGUCGCCGCGACGCCACUAGGUGCCAUUCCCUACUUUGGGAGCCGGAUCAAGCUGUUCAAGACGUACCGGGCCUUCCCCUGGGACGCGAUCCUCUUCUUUGCCUGGGUGGUGGUGUUUGGCAUCUUCGCGGGCAUCUUCCUCCACAGGAGCGGCGACGGCGACGACAAGUACAAGGGGAGCUCGACGGGGGCGAUGAAGACGGCUGUCUGGGUGGACUUUGUCAAUGCGCUUCUCUGGCUCGCGUCGGCGGUCUAUGGCGCCUUCAAGACGUUUUUGGGUGACAAGGCGGACGAGAUGACGGAUAAGGUCGGGACCAAGCUCUUUGAGAAGAAAAAGGCGGUCCCCAAGGACAAUUCUGACGCCGAGAGCGUGUGAAGCUGCGGCCAGCGGGCUAAUUAAGUACAUAACCUCCAAGGACAAGCCAACACACAUUUAUCACAGUGACAGUCGAAAGCCGACAGUUGUGGGUGUCUCGCUUCCUUGGUGUAUUUAACGCCACAUGAAUAUAUACCUCCUUCUGCGCCGAAGCACUACCUUCUCCCACUCUCAG